AUGGACGACUCUGCCAUCAAGCCGGCUCUUUAUCCUGCUUCCACUGUGGAACAGGAUCUCAAGCCUACUGCUCAAGUAGGCAGGGAUCACAUUGACCUCCGCCCUCAUGAGUCUUACGAAGGUGCAACCCGCUGGGAUCCCUCGGCGGAAUGGACUCCUGAGGAAGAGGCCCGAGUUGUGCGAAAGACUGAUCUUUACCUGCUUUCUUUUCUCUGUUUUAUGUUUUUUGGACUGCAGCUCGACCGAGGGAAUAUCGGUAAUGCUCUUACCGAUAACCUUCUUCCUGAUCUGGGUCUCGAUACGAACGACUACAACAAUGGCACCACAGUGCAACUUCUUUGCUUUCUAGCGGCUGAGUUCCCUGUCCAACUCCUGAUUAAACGCUACGGUUUCAAGCAGAUCCUGCCAUUGAUGAUGAUGGGCUGGGGUACGGUCUCAUGGGGUCAAGCAUUCAUGACCAACAAGACUGGCUUCUAUAUCACGCGUGCAUUGAUUGGUGCAUUUGAGGGCGGUUUCAUCCCCGGAACGAUCCUCUUCGCAUCUUACUUCUACAAAUCAGCCGAGCUAUCAGUGCGUUUGGCAGCUUUCUGGUCGACUCUCAACGUCGCUCGCGUGAUCUCCGCCCUUUUGGCUGCAGGAAUCUUGGAGAUGCGCGGUGUGCACGGCCGCCCUGGAUGGUUCUGGCUGUUCCUACUCGAAGGUCUCUUGACCUUUGUCAUCGGUCUCGUCAGCUAUUUCUACCUGCCUCACUCCCCCACACGUACCAAGGGCGCGUUAUGGCGCAAGGGAUGGUUCAACGAGCGUGAAGAGAUCAUUCUUGUUAAUCGCAUCCUGCGUGACGAUCCCGCCAAAGGAUUGACAGCAAUCCAAGAGCCAGCUACCAUGCGCGACAUCAUCAACACCUGGAGAGACAGCUCAACAUGGGGACUGUACCUGGUCGGUCUCAUCGCAUACAUUCCUGCAGCACCAGUCUCUGGCUAUCUAUCUUUGACACUCAAGCGCCUCGGAUUCUCCACCUUCGACUCGAACAUGCUUACUAUCCCUUCUGCUGUUUUGCAAAUCAUCCUGAUGCUUGCAUUGGCAUACAGCAGCAACCACUUCCUGGAGCGCACAUGGCAUUGCAUCUUUGGCGAAUUCUUUAUCAUGCCAUUGCUGAUUGCUCUCAUUGCGUUACCGUCUGGAGGCUACAACUGGGGCCGCUUCUCCAUCUCAACACUCAUCAGUGGAUACCCCUACUUCCACCCUAUCGUGGUGGCAUGGAUCAGUGAGAACACUUUUGACGUCAAGAAACGUGCUAUCUCUGCUGCCACUUACAACGUUAUCGUUCAAGUCGGCUCAGUCAUCAGUUCGCAGAUCUACCGCAAGGAUGAUGCGCCCUACUAUUACCGCGCCAAUAAGGUGUUGGUGUCUAUCUGCGCGUUGUCGCUGGUCACUUUCAUUGCUCAGCGUGAGUAUCUGCGUUACUUGAAUCGUCGCAAGGAGAAGUUGUGGUCGGCAAUGAGUAAGGAGGAGCAGUUGGCCUAUCAGUACGACCAGGUGGAGAGAGAGAAGGAUGGUAACAAGAGACUGGACUUUAGGUUCCAGUACUAA